GGCCUUAUGGCUGAAAAUUCUCUGAUCUCGAUUGGGAAAAGUCGCGUAUUAAUUUAUUCACUUUGUUUCAAAACUUACUGAUGUUUCUCCUUGAUAUGUACAUUUAUUUAGCACGGUUUGGUAAUUGAUAUUCUUUUCUAUUUCAAGCUUGUCUCACUUCCCAAAUUUUGCACCUCUGAAACCACACCUAGAGCUUUCCGUCACUAUUAAACUUUAAAGUUUCGUAGUAACUAAGAUCGUAGUUAUUCUAAAACUAAGUACGUCAAUAAGGUUUAAAAUUCCUUAAACUUUCAUCAUAAAGAAGACCACACCAAAGGUCGUUUGGUAGUGUUAUCACUAAGAUUUUAAUAGGCGCCUUGAAUUUCUAAAAAACACCCACCAUUGCAUUACUGGUAUGAUCAAGGAAGCAGGUAUUCAAUUUCAUUGUUUAAAACUUUACGUUCAACUAGGUUUCAAAUGAAAGCAUCAUGGUGUCUCGAAGGGAAGUUUCCGACUCUGAAUCGUGUCAUCGUUCAAUGUUAGUCACAGUUGACAAAUAGAAUCAGUUCUCUUUAGUCUUGCAACAUCUGUUCAUCUCCCAAUGUCAGUGACCUUGUCAUUCCUUGCUUGCUGUGCAUUUCCAAAAGAGUCAAUUGACGACCGUGAAAUCAUUAAGUGGCAGCAAAAACGCAACAGGGAAAUAGAAAAAGAACUGAAAAAGGAGAAAAGUCGUCUUCGUCAAAGGCAAAUGAUCUUAUUAUUGGGUACUGGUGAAAGUGGAAAAAGCACUUUUCUCAAGCAAAUGAAAAUCAUUAAUGGAAAGCACUUUACAAACCAAGAAAUCGAACAGCUAAAAGAUAUUAUCUAUGAUAACAUAUACAAAGGUGUUUUAUUCCUACUGCAGGCACGGGAAAGUCUCAAUAUUCCAUGGGCUGGUGGACUUGGUUCCGCUGCUGCUCAGGCUAGUAGAGAAAUUGAAGCACAUUUUAAAGAAACUCGAAUGAUGCGUCGCGAGCGCUCUCGACUUGGUCAACCACUUUGGUUGGAAGAAGAAUUUCUGGAAAUCGUGCCUUCACUGAAUGCGAUUUGGGGAGAUGAAAGUGUUCGAUUAGCAUUCGACCAACGUUCAAAAAUUAUUACAGAGAAUUUCAGUGAGAAUACACGCUAUUACCUCAAUCGUCUAAAUCAUAUUGGUGUAGAAAAUUAUCGUCCAACUGAUGAAGAUAUAGUUUGGUCACGUAAACCAACGGAAUCUAUAAUUGAAGAAGAAAUAAAUGUCCACUCAUCAUCACUUGUUUUUAUUGACGUCGGUGGACAAACAAAAGAACGUCGUAAAUGGUGUCAAUGUUUUGCUGAUAUGACAUCUGUCCUGUUCCUUAUUGCUUGCAGUCAUUACGAUGAACAUUAUCAAGAUCGAUUAACUAAAGAAUUUCGAAAUAAAUUACAUGAAGCUAUGGUUGUUUUUGAAGGACUUAUCAAUCAUAUUGCUUUUAGACGUGUUUCCAUCAUUAUAUUUUUUAACAAAACUGAUAUACUUAAAGAAAAGUUAAACUCACGUACAUCAAAUAUUCGUGAUGAGUUUCCCAAUUACCCCGUGAAAAUGGAUCCAUUUCGUCUGCAAGAUGUUCAAACAUUUAUGGUUGAAGUAUUUGCCUCUCUAGUCAAUCACAACUUUCCACCAGAUACUCAAGCUCGUUCAAGUCUUUCACAUUCAUCAUUCAAUAAUACUGCUAAAUGUUCAUCUCUUCAUAGACAAAACUCUGUACCUAUGUCCACUAACGUAACAUUUACAGCCCCUGUACGAAAACGUAUGGUCUAUCGUCAUUUCACAACUGCUGUAGAUAGGCGGAAUAUCGAAACAGUAUUCAAUGCUAUGCAAGAUACAGUAUUGCAAAAUAAUUUACGUCGUAUCAUGAUGAGCUAAAUACAGACAUAUAAAGUUGUUCAUUUAUUGAGACUACAAAGUGUUUACUUCCAUUUUCUGCUUUGGUUUAUUAUGUUGUUUGCGCCCUUAGAUUUCAGUGAACAUAAUAUCUAUACCUUCCGAAAAUUAAUUAAAAGUCCUACUUACUAUUCUUACCAACAAUGUCUGUGCCAAAUUUAAACUACCACUAAAAUCAUCAAUAAUACUAAUAAGAAGUGUGUGCUUUUCAUUUCAUAUUUUCUUAUCUAAUCAUUAAUUGUCUUUCAUGCUACUCAAUUCUUUAUUACAUAAAUAUAUACAUGCUUUUUGAGUUUGUAUUUAUUUUCCACGCAUUUGCUUACGUUGAGCCUACAUAUAUAAACACAAGACGUUAAUGUGUUCCUACAUAAAAGGAUUCGAAAACAAAGAGAUAAUUGUACGUGUUCUGGAGGAAUACAUAUUGAUAGUGGGCAAAUUCCCCAAUCUUUUUUGGGACACGAUGCUCAUUCAUAUGUUUUGUUCUUGGCCAGUUGAUAUUUCAAUGCUUGUAAAUCAUGUGUUUUAUCUUUUUUGUUAUAAAGCGAGCUUUUUAUACUUUUCAACUUGUCAGAUUUAUUUGCGUAUAAAAGCAUGUUUACCUUACUAUAAUUAUAUUUGAUGUAUCUAAAGUCAAAGGUUGAUCACGUAAUGGAUAUUUAUAUGACUUCAGUCAUGUUCAAUACUUUUGUCUUUGAAAACAAAUUCCGAGAAAA